CUGAGCCCGCGGGGAGUGGGUGGAGGGCGCGGACGGACGGCGCCGCCUGGCGGGCCCUGCUCAUCCGCGGUCGCCCUGCCCCUAGGCCAUCGUGACCCUGGGCGCCGCGGCGGGGGGCGUGCUGGGGGGCUGGCUAGUGGACCGCGCCGGGCGCAAACUGAGCCUCCUGCUCUGCACCGUGCCCUUCGUGACCGGCUUUGCCGUCAUCACUGCGGCCCAGGACCUGUGGAUGCUGCUCGGGGGCCGCCUGCUCACCGGCCUGGCCUGCGGCGUUGCCUCGCUAGCAGCCCCGGUCUAUAUCUCUGAAGUUGCCUACCCAGCAGUCCGGGGGCUCCUGGGCUCCUGUGUGCAGCUAAUGGUUGUUGUCGGCAUCCUCCUGGCCUACCUGGCAGGCUGGGUGCUGGAGUGGCGCUGGCUGGCCGUCCUGGGCUGUGUGCCCCCCUCCCUCAUGUUGCUGCUCAUGUGCUGCAUGCCUGAGACCCCACGCUUCCUGUUGACUCAGCACAAGCACCAGGAAGCCAUGGACGCCCUGCAGUUUCUGUGGGGCUCUGAGCAGGGCUGGGAAGAGCCCCCCAUUGGGUCUGAGCACCAGGGCUUCCACCUGGCCCUGCUGAGGCUCCCCAGCAUCUACAAGCCCUUCAUCAUUGGGAUCUCACUAAUGGCCUUCCAGCAGCUGUCAGGAAUCAAUGCUGUCAUGUUCUAUGCAGAGACCAUCUUUGAAGAGGCCAAGUUCAAGGACAGCAGCCUGGCCUCGGUCAUCGUGGGCAUCAUCCAGGUGCUGUUUACAGCUGUAGCGGCCCUCAUCAUGGACAGAGCAGGGCGGAGGCUGCUCCUGGCCUUGUCAGGUAUAAUCAUGGUAUUCAGCACAAGUGCCUUCGGUGCCUACUUCAAGCUGACACAGAGUAGCCCUGGCAACUCCUCACAUAUGGCCCUCUUGGCACCUGUCUCCAUGGAACCCGUUGAUACCAGUGAGGGGCUGGCCUGGUUGGCUGUGGGCAGCAUGUGCCUCUUCAUUGCUGGCUUUGCUGUGGGCUGGGGGCCCAUCCCCUGGCUCCUCAUGUCGGAGAUCUUCCCUCUACAUGUCAAGGGCGUGGCUACAGGCAUCUGCGUCCUCACUAACUGGCUCAUGGCCUUUCUGGUGACGAAAGAGUUCAGCAGCCUCAUGGAGGUCCUCAGGCCCUACGGAGUUUUCUGGCUAGCCUCUGCCUUCUGUAUCAUCAGUGUCCUUUUCACUUUGUUCUGUGUCCCUGAAACCAAAGGGAAGACUUUGGAACAAAUCACAGCCCAUUUUGAGGGGCGAUGACAGCUCCUUCCUGUGAGUAGUUGGGCUGGCAUUGCACUUUGGAGGGGAUGGAACCAGCCUGUGACUCUGAGCUGGGCCUGAGACUGGAGCUCCUGCCUGCCCCAGGGGACUGGGAUCCAGGACCACAACCCCUUGAAGCCUUGGCUCUCAGGGUUCCUCCUUCCUGUUCAGCUCUCUACAACCCACUACCCAGGGCUAUGAGGUUCGCCAGCCUUCAGGAUCAGUCCCUGCUGCUGCUCUGCAGACUCUAGAGCAUCUCGAGGAAACCUUGCAGUCCUGUGGUCAGCCUGCCACGCACUGUCUCCUUCAUAACACUAAAGCAGCGGAAAAGGAGGGAGGAGGGCUUUGGUUGGUUGGUUUUCUGGCUGGAGACACUUCGGGUGGUUGGGUGCUGGGCACCUGGUUGCUCCUCCCAUGUGGCUACAUUGCCAGGAAGGAACUUCGUUUGCCAAAUAAAGAUUUGACUCAGAAAAUCA